CGCCGCCGUGUGGCCAAAUUAUACACUGAUGGUCAAGUAUGAAGAAAGUAAUCUCGUGAUCUUCUUAAAUCCGUGCUGAGGUGUCCUAGGAAGCCUGAGAGGAAAAUGACGUCUUGUCUUAUCAAAGUGUGCAGAUUAUUUUGCUUAACGUUGACUUUACCCUUAAAGCUGAUGGAGAUCUUAGGCCUGUGUGGUGUGUACAAACGCCUCUUCCCCUUGCUCGCCUACAAUAUAACGUUUUCAUACAACGACAAAGUGCACAAAAUGAAGAGGGAGCUUUUCCGGAACGUGGGCAAAUUUGCAGACGCCGACGGCACGCUUCGCCUGCUGGAGAUCGGAUGCGGCAGCGGCGCAAACUUUAAAUUUUACCCGUAUGGCUGCACCGUGAUCUGCACCGACCACAACCCGCACUUCGAGAAGUACCUGCGGAUGAGCAUGGACGCAAACAAGCAUCUGACUUAUGACGGCUUUCUAGUCGUCUCUGCGGAGGACAUGGAGGAGGUAAAGGACGAGUCUGUAGACGUUGUUGUCUGCACCUUGGUCCUGUGCUCUGUCACCGAUGUCAAGCUGGUCCUGCAGGAGGCCCGACGAGUCCUCAAAACAGGUGGAGCCUUCUACUUCAUGGAGCACGUGGUAUCAGACCCCUCCUCGUGGAUAUACUUCUUUCAGUAUGUGUUUGACCCACUGUGGUAUUAUCUCGGUGACGGUUGCACGAUUACCAGAGCAACGUGGAAAGACCUAGAGGCGGCUGGUUUUGCCGAACUUCACAUAAAAUAUUUUGAAGCUCCAGAGGUCACUUUAAUGAUAAGGCCACAUAUCAUGGGAUAUUCUAUUAAGUAACUGUAAGGGAUAUUGGACAGGUUGUACUGCAACUUGUGGGCUGUGAAAAUAUUUUCAGUGGGCUUGUAUUUUUACUGGCUGCUAACCAGCAACAAUUUCAGUGGUCUAUUUGUAGUUCACACAGACAUUACCAAAACACUGGAUUCAAUUUGAGGCCGCAUGGGGUCAUUUUAGCGAAAGCAGUUGAUCUGCAAGCACAUAAAAACUCUGAGUUUAUUUGCAAAAUUUAAUAAAGAAUAAACAUUUGCAUCAGUGGAGAAAACAACAAAGACAAUUUUGAGAAUGAUGAGCAGAAAAGGAAAAGGCCCUGUAUUGUCUAUUCAUAAAUAGGGAGAGCCUCAUGUUAUCUUUUGUCCUUGUAGCUGUUUGUUUACUCACAUUGCACAGAUAUGUGCCGCAAACAGCACAGCAGUGACUUUGCUGUGCAUAUGGACACUUCCUUGGUUCAAUCUGAACAUUGUGCAGGUUCCUAAAACAACAUCAGGAGAGGAACAAAUAGAUAGUUAUGUGUCUAUGUUCCACAUAUUCUGUCAAGUUACCAUGUGCACAUACAACAACCAGCACUGUUCAUGGUUCUGAUCCAUUGUUUUGAAGACAACAGUUGUUGAGACACAAUAUGGUACGAUGCCCCAAAUGAUGUAGGCUACGUGUUUAUUUCGUUAUAAAGUGGGGAAUGGAAGACAACUGUAGACGCAUUUUAAUGCUAGUUGUCAAUACAUGGAGUCCCAUGCAGGUUAAAUGUGGCCCAAGGAUUAGUGAGAUUACAGUGCAUGCACCCUGUAGGUAAACGGGAUAUGUUCACAUUUCUACUUACAGUAGCCACAAUAAACAUAUUUGAGUGAAAAUAUAUUUAUUUACUUACAGAAUGAGCAACGUUUCAUACACUGUUUUGUUCUUCUCUCCCUCCCCUCCCAAGAAGUACAUAAUAAAUAUUACCUGGACACUGUGCUUUUUUCCCUGAUUGUCUAAAUAUCUGCCAUGAAACACCCCAACAGGCCACACUUAAUGGCAUCUUUUCCUGUUACCCUUUAUAUUCCAUUGCACAAAAAUAAGGAAUGACAAUUGUAACAUCUCCUUACAGGGAAAUGAGGGGAAUUGCUGGUUGACAGAAUAAAUUGAAGUUCUCUCUGUGUUGUAAUCAAAGCAGUCAAAAAUCUGUAGAUGGUAGAUAAAAACCUCCAACAGCAACAUUUUUAAAAACACAAUCAAAAAAAACAAAAAAACAAAACAAAA